AUGAAAGAAGGUUGCGUUCCUGCAUCAACUCUGUUCACGAUCUACUUCAACAUGAUGCUGCUCCAAAGAGCAAUGACAAACCUAGAUGAAGGAAAUGGCAUUUAUAUCCGAUAUCGUACGAUGAAAGCUAUGAGGUUGCGGAGCUUGAAGAAGUCUGCACCACAGAACGAUCACUUACAUCCUCUCAUCAUCAUAGAUGAAUCAGAACCAAAGCUAAUCCAAACAGUUCAGCUAUUUGGAGAAGUACCAGGACUAGUACCAAUAAAGCUAUCGUACUAUCUGUUCUGUUAUAUGACUCUGAAUCACAUGCCACCUACUGUUACCGUCUACGACUCCUCGAACGCUUUCACCAGCACUGUCUUCGAUAUGCAUUAUGGCGAAUUGGUCACCGGCUUCCGUAAAAGAAAGAAGAAUCCUAAAGAGGAGACACAAGGACUUCUGAAACAAUAUCUCAGCUUUGACCAUAUAGACUACCAUCAGUGGUUCAAUCUGGCUUCGAAUUGGAAAGUAUGGAGACAAAUCAUUCAUAAGGCUGCUGCUUCGUUCAAGGACAUGCGCAAACUUUCCACUAUGCUUUUUGCAUCUAAAUUUGUCUAUACUGCAUUAGCCUUUUUAGCCAUCAGCAAGCCUACAAUAAACCUGGAUACAGGUCUGUCAUUUUUUUUUCCUUUGCGAAGCCUAGCUAUGACAAUUAUUUUGCAUUUGACAAUGUUUACAUGA